AUGACGGCCCAGACUGUCGCAGUCUUUCUUCCUACGACGACGAUGACGACUCGGGCGAGGCACUGCCGUGCCCUGUCGCCAUUGAUGAGACGUGUAAAAGUCUUGAGUGAGGCGGGGUACUCGAGGGUCGUAUCGUCUGGUGUCGUGUCGUGUCAAGUCGUCGUCGUCGGUCACGGCAUUCCGGCAGGGCUCUCCUCGGCUGUUUCACCUUGGUCCCAGGCGUAG